AUGUCGCUUCCGCGAAUAAUCAAGAGUGCGAAUGCCUCCAUCACCGCAUAUAUACGACCCAAUUCCAGGCCCUAUCAUCAUCCAAAUCACUCAUUGCUAUUUCCCAAGUCUCAGCACACCCUUUUUCAUUCUUUCACCUUCAUGGGUUUAAUAUUUGGAAAAAUCAGCGUCGAGACCCCAAAAUAUGAAAUGAUUAAAUCCACGAACGAAUACGAAAUCCGCAAAUAUCCGCCCUGUGUAGUGGCUGAAGUCACAUAUGACCCAUCACAGUUUAAGGGAAAUAAAGAUGGUGGCUUUAUGGUUUUGGCCAAUUACAUUGGUGCUUUGGGGAACCCCCAGAACACCAAGCCUGAGAAGAUUGCCAUGACUGCACCAGUUAUAACCAAGGACAGUGAUGAGGGUGGCGAGAAGAUUGCUAUGACAGCUCCAGUUGUGACAAAAGAUGGUGGUGGUGGUGGUGAUGAAGAAGGGAAGAAGCACAAGAUGGUGACUAUGCAGUUUGUUUUACCAGCUGUGUAUGGGAAAGCUGAGGAGGCGCCUAAGCCUACUGAUGAGAGGGUUGUGAUCAAAGAAGAGGGUGCGAGGAAAUAUGGGGUGGUGAAGUUUGGAGGUGUGGCAUCCGAGGAAGUGGUGAGGGAGAAGGUGAAGAAGCUGAGGGUGAGUUUGGAGAAUGAUGGGUUUAAGGUGGUUGGGAAUUUCUUGUUGGGUAGGUACAACCCACCUUGGACAAUUCCUGUGUUCAGGACUAAUGAGGUUAUGAUCCCAGUUGAAUGA